AAGACCCUCCCAUUCUAUGACUCUUUUUUUGAUCUCUUACACUUUUUCUCUCGAACUAAAAUUCACAAAUUCUCUCUCAGUGUAUCACUGCUCCACGUUUCAGCCUACAGCACCUCACUUCUUGUUUGAGAGGGAUCGGAGAAGCCACUAUGACUCACAGUAAUGGGGAGACGCAGCGUCCUGGAGGCCGCAUUCAGCAGAUCAGAGAGAGAAUGAGGCAGAGAUCGACCAGAGCCCGAGAUGCUGUGCAGAACCUCAAAGCUAAAGAUGUCCAAUCCUGCUGCAGGAGAAACGCAUUUGUCAUCCUCACCAUUGCUGCGGUCAUUGUGGGUAUUGUUCUGGGGUUUGCAUUACGUCCAUAUAAGAUGUCGUAUCGACAGGUGAAAUACUUCUCGUUUCCUGGGGAGCUGCUAAUGCGCAUGCUGCAGAUGUUAGUGCUCCCACUGCUGGUGUCUAGUCUAAUUACAGGCAUGGCUGCACUGGACAGACGAGCGUCAGGUAGGAUGGGUAUACGAGCCGUGAUCUACUACACCACCACCACUGUCAUUGCUGUCUUCAUCGGAAUCGUCAUGGUGAUCAUUAUCCAGCCAGGAAAGGGCGGAGCCAAACCACAAACACUCUCACAGCAGAAUCUAGAGCAGGUGAAUGCUGCUGAUGCCUUCCUGGACUUAAUCAGAAACAUGUUUCCUCCAAAUAUAGUUCAGGCCUGUACACAACAGUUUAAGACUCACACUGGGAAGCGGGUGGUGACGGUGAGGGUGUUAGUGAACAGCACGGUGAACGGUUCCAGUGUGGGUGAGGAUCAGAGUUAUGAGGAGGACAUCCCGAUUCUGGGCACAGUGAACAGCAUCAAUGCUCUCGGCCUCGUCGUCUUCUCCAUGAGCUUCGGCCUCAUCAUCGGCAGCAUGAAGGAACAGGGCCAGCCGCUCAGGGACUUCUUCGACUGUCUCAAUGAUGCCAUCAUGAGGCUCGUGGCCAUUAUCAUGUGGUAUGCUCCUGUGGGCAUCCUCUUCCUGAUUGCAGGAAAAAUUCUGGAGAUGGAGGACAUGUCAGCGAUGGGAGGAGCUCUGGGCCUUUACACCAUCACAGUCAUUGUGGGUCUGCUCAUCCAUGCUGUCCUCGUUUUGCCCACUAUCUACUUUCUGGUCACACGCAAAAACCCCUUUGUGUUUAUCGGAGGUCUCCUACAGGCCCUCAUCACUGCACUGGGCACCUCCUCCAGCUCUGCUACUCUGCCCAUCACGUUUAAGUGUCUGGAGGAGAAUAAUGGUGUGGAUAAGCGAGUCACACGGUUUGUGUUGCCAGUCGGAGCCACAAUCAACAUGGAUGGCACGGCGCUGUACGAGGCUCUUGCUGCCAUCUUCAUUGCUCAGGUCAACAACAUGGACCUUAACUUUGGCCAGAUCCUCACAAUCAGUAUCACAGCCACAGCAGCGAGCAUCGGAGCAGCAGGGAUCCCCCAGGCUGGUCUGGUUACCAUGGUGAUAGUGCUUACCUCUGUAGGACUUCCCACUGAUGACAUCACUCUUAUCAUCGCAGUCGAUUGGUUUCUAGAUCGUUUACGGACCACCACUAAUGUUCUGGGUGACUCGAUAGGUGCUGGUGUGGUGGAGUUUUUGUCUCGUCAUGAACUUCAGGCAGCUGAUGCUGAACUGGGGAACUCAGUUCUGGAGGAGAGCGAAAGAAAGAAACUGCCCUAUCAUCCCGUCUCUCAAGAAAACGAGAACGACAAGAUCCCCAACAAUGAGACCAAGAUGUAGCUAAACAUGCGAAAGACUCUGAAACAAACACAAGUCCUUACAGAGAAAACAACACUUUCCCUUGGACACUGAUGCAUUAUGGUUAACGUGGACUUGCCAUUCAGUCAGGAAUUUAGAAUUGUUUUGUUUUUGUUGUUUCUUUUAGAAUCACUGAAUACUUAUAAAAUCAUGAAUAAACAUAGAAAGUUACAUUUAAACUGAGCCAGCAUGCUAAUAUAAAGCAUCAGCAAAAUACAUAACAACAACGCUAACAGAAGAGUCAUAACCAUGCUCCUGUUAGCUGACUUGCUAAUUAUUUAACUGCCCAUACACACAGGUGUCAACCUUUUAGCAAGAUGUAGCAUGUCAGAAUACUGCUUAAAAUGUUAACUAGCAGACCACAAGCUAGAAUGUAAAGCUAAUUUCUUUUAAGUAGUUACUGAUGCUAACUAGCAUUUCUCAGUUUUAUACACGUUCACUAUGUGUGUAAUACUACUUAGAUACCGCCAUCUUUGAUAGGUCACUAGCGACUUUAGCCUUUAGGAGUGUAGCUACACUAAACAAUUAUGUAAUGUAAGUAAGUAAGUAAGUAAUGUAGCAGUAAUGUAAUGUACGUAAAUUAGUUUAAUGCUAAGUAUAUAAAUGUGUUAUACAUUGCUAAUUAAAGCUAACUGAAUUUAGGUGAUGCAUUAUAGCAUGCUAGCUGAGUUUAACCAAGCCCUUUUCUACUGUGUAUUUCAAGAUGUGAUUGUAUAUGUUCACAAAUCUUUUUUAAAAUAAAACAAAUCCUCACAAAAUGA